AUGAGUACCGAGACCAGUCCCAGUUACAAGGUCACUAUUUUAGACGCCGUUUUCAAGGCCUGCAAGAUUAGAGUAGACAGUGCCAUCUUACUAAACCACGCAGAGACCAUCACCAAGACACCGGCGCGUUACAAUUACGUGAAAUCAGACGUAAAAAUGACAACCAUUUCUGAUCAGACUAGCGAAUUCUACUGGGACGAUGUAUGGAACGGAAAACGUCCAUCUAAUAUGUAUGUUACCUUUGUCAAGCAGUCGGGUGUCAACGGAAGUUACACAAGCAAUCCUUUCAACUUUCACCACUUUAAUCUCUCCGAGAUCGUGGUGACUGUCAACGGUGAACCCGUCCCUGUGAGACCUCUCCAGCUAGACUUCGGGGACAAUAAAAACUACGUGACUGCUCUCUGUAACCUUUACCAAGCCAGUGAGAAAUGGUACAAAGAGGAGGGAUUAAUUAUCGACAGGGAUUCUUUUUCCAAAGGUUACGCUAUCUAUGCCUUUGACCUCGUUCCCAACGAUCUGGGAGAAGGGUAUAUAAACCUGGUUCACCAAGGAAACGUGGGAGUCUAUGCUCGAUUCGCUCAAGCUACGACAGACACUGUCUGUGCCCUGGCCUACUGUGAAUGUCCCGGACUCUUGAUGAUUGAUCAAACCCGAGAAGUGAGAAACAUCUGA